AUGAAAUUAGAAGGCUUUCGCAUCGCGGAGGCGUCUUCUUACGUAUAUCUCGGACGUUCGAUAAACAUGGAGAAUGAUCUCAAAAAAGAACUAAAUAUGAGGCGAAGAGUAGCUUGGGCCGCCUUUAGGAAACGAGGGAAUCUUCGACCAGAUGCUGACGUGCUCGUGGCACGGAUGGACCAGCUGAACUCUAAGCUGAUAAGGAUAGGAAUUCUCAGGAUUGAUGGAUCUGGACCUCGCGAACGUCGCCGCCGCAGUUUAAUAGACAUCAUUGAUCCUCUAGCGAGAGACAAAAAUGGACGGAAACAAUACUGGGGUCUGCACGACCAUGAAGGCAGGCCGUCUAAGAACCUAAGUAACCCGGUGAUUUGA